GGCUGCGGCGCCUGUUUGUCGGACAGACUGGGAGUUGGACUGGAAGACGCUGCGCCGAACAGGAUUUGGAUAAUAUUCUGUCUCCUGAGCCGCAGACACAAUUUCAUCUAGGCAGAAGUCAAGCCCCUAUCCCAUUUGCCCAAUCUUGACGGCUGCUAGCUAGCUCCAGCAUGGCAGAUAGUCGGCAACCAGAAGACGAUGCCCCCCAGUGGGACCCAUCAGGAGGACAAGAACCAGGUGGCACACAUGGAGCAAAUGGCUUCUCCUCCUCAGCUUACAGGACCUGCCAGCCUGGCGGAGCCCACAUGGCCACAGCUGCUUUCACGGGAAGGGAGAACGGCUUUAACGGGGAGCUAACUGGAGCUCAUGCUAUAACUGCAGAACAAGUUUCAGCACGAAUUGUACAGGAAGUGACAGCAGAGGCAGUGGCAGUACUGAAAGGGGAACAAGAAACUCAGCGGCUGCCAUCAGUUGAAGAUACCACCAAUUUGCCUCCUUCCCCUCCCCCCUCGCCUGCAGCUGAGCACUUUGGUCCUUUGGAACAAGAUGUAGGGGAUGAGGAGGAGGCGGGCCCUCUCCGCCGCUUCCAAAAUUCUCGGGAGAGGUGCAAGUUCCUCGCCCCCUCCAUCUCAGUUUCCGUGCCCGAGGAUGACCCCUACCACUCCGACGAGGAGUACUAUGAGCACCCAUUGUUCAGCCCAGAGUGGACGCACUCGGGCGCUCGCCCCACAGGGCACACCGUGGCCUUUAGACAGAUUGAAGAAGAGACCAUGGAGGCUCUUACAGCUGAGUACGAGGAGGAGGAGGUGGAAGAGGAGGAGGAGGAGAGUGCAGAUGCAGCAGAGUCCGACGCAGCUCUUGAUGAGCAGCAGUGGAGUGGGGAAGAGCCCGAGCUGGACAGCCCCCAAGCUGAACCUGUAAAUCAGGCAGAAGCCGUAGACGAGGCCCAUGAUGUAGACCUGGGGGUGUCUGAAACAGAUAGUGCUGCUGCAGAAAGCUCUAUGGACAGAGAGGAAGAGGAGGAAGUAGAGGGUGAGGAAAGCCAUGAGACAGCUUUGAAGAUGGACUCAGACAAGAUUGAAAGUGAGUCCAUGAGCCCUGACAGCAUUGGAUCUGAGAAACGCCCAGAGGAGUUUUUUGAGCCUCAAGUUCAAAGCUUCUUCGCCGGUGAACGAGUUGUACCUGAGAGCCCGACCAUGGAUAUGCCAUGCUUUGUACCUCCAGAAAUUCAGAAUCAAGCCAAAGAAUCACCUAAAUCUCUUACUCUCCAGCCCACUUAUGGAGAGCCAAUCACAGUUUCAGAAAAACAGCCAUCAGUUGAGGUGGUGGAGUUCAGCAGCAUUGGUGCUCCUUCUGAUUUCUCUUCAAUGGGAGUCAAAUCUCAAGUGGAAGACACAGCAAAAGACAUAGGAGACAAAUCUGGCAUGUCAGCAUACUUUGAAACAUCAGCUAUGGAUGUUAAUGAAGGUCCGCAUAAGGGUGAGGGGUAUUAUGAACUAAGUCGUGCUGGUGAAAAUAAAACUAUGGGUGAUUCCAAUACUCAGGAGAUCAGUUACAGCACAUUAGCUGAAACUAAGGAUAAACCUGAAACAAAUAAACAUACAGUAAAAGACAUUUCCUCAUUUCCAGUUCCUGACAGAAGUAAUGAAUGCAGGCUUUCUCCAGGUAAGUUGGCCUUGGAGCAGAGAAGUUAUUCACUCAACAUAACCAUUGGUUCAACAGAUCAAGGUGGGCAAGGCAAGCCAAGAAAUUUCUCCCCACUGGCUACAGACAUUAUGUCAUACACAAGCGGAAGUCUAGAUGAGUCAGCUGACUACCUUCCAGUAUCUACACCUUCUGUUGAGAAGCCAGCACCAUUCCCUCCUCUUAUCCUGGAGACUGCAGCUUCUGUUACGUCAGAUUCUUCAUCUCCUCCACGGACUGCUGAACCACCUCCCAAAUCAAGCCCUGAACCAGAUUCUCCAGAAUCACCUCAGGCACCUAAGAGUCCUUACAAAUAUGAUACAGUGAUGGCACAAGACUUACCAGAGAUGCUGGAUCUUGCUGAUACCCACUCCAGACUAUCUUCAGAAAGCACAGAUCCUGAAAUCAGCCGGCGAAAGUCGAUCCAAGCUGAUGCUCCUGCCUUCAUUGAUGACCCUCUGGCAAGCCUAACUUCAGGAGAACUGAGUCCUGUGAUCAGAAAGAAUGAGAGCCAGUCAGAAGAAAUGGGAUACUGUGUAUUCAGUGAAUAUUCAGGGCCAAUGCCAUCCCCAGCAGAUGUACUCAGCCCUACAAACACUUCUAAACAAGCCUUCACCCCUUCUGUCUUGGAGGCGAAAGUUGCUGAACAGGCAAGGAAAUUAGCUGUGAGAGAUACAUCCAUGGAAGACAAAAUUCAGCCCUCAGAAUUUGCUAAUGAUGAACAGCAGCAAAGAGAAAGAAAAGAUUCUGAUGACCAAAAAAGCAAACUUGAUGUAAAUGAUCAACCAACAAAAUAUAUACAUGAGAUGCCUCCUGCUCCACAAAGUGAGCACUUUGUGACACCAACAGUAACAGUGACACUCGAAGAAGGGGAGAAGUCAGUGAGUGAGAUUGAACGCCAAGCCAGCGGUGAAGUUUCAGCAUCAGAAACAGAAAUUGCAGACUAUGAAAGGCAGAUCCGCAAACUAGAGAUGGAGGACAGACCUCUGAGUUUGGAGGAGGAAAGAGAACUACGGGAGCUCAGAGAGAAGGUGAAGCUGGUGCACCAGGAGGCCUAUGAGGAAGUGGAUGCAGAAGAUGUUUACCAGCUUACUGGCAUGGCCAAGGACCGAAUCGCCAGACCGGUGAAAACUUCACCUACUUCAUCUGUGGAUAGUAACAUUGAUGAUGACAAACUGCUCUCCCCAGUACUCUCACCUUCCAAACUUAAGCAAAGAGAAAUGUAUGGUUCCCCCAAAAGAGUUGCUUCACCGGUGUUGGGAAGGAACAAAGAAGACAAGGCUGAACAGGAACAAAAGCUGAAAGAAGAGCAUGAAAGGGAAGCAGCUGAGAAGAUGAAAAAGGAUGCAGAGGAAAGGAAAAACAAAGAGGAAGCAGAAAUAAAUGAAAGACAGGAUAAGGAGAGACGAGAGAAAGAAGAUGCAGAGAAGGUGUUGAAGGAAGAGAUAGAAAAGGAGAAAGCACAGGAGAUGAAAGAGAGACUGGAGAAUGAGCAAAAAGAGAAGGAGGGAAAACAUUUAGAAGAGAAAGAGAAGAAAGAGAGAGAAGAGAGGGAGAGGGAGUUGAAAGAGAAGAAAGAGAGAGAAGAGAGGGAGCUUAAAGAAGAGAAAGAGAACAGAGAGAAAGAAGAGAGGGAUCUGAAAGAGAAGGAAGAAAAAAAAGAGAGGGAAGAGAGGGAACUGAAAGAGAAGGAAGAGAAAGAGAACAAAGAAAGAGAAGAGAUGGAGCUGAAAGAGAAGGAAGAGAAAGAGAAAAGAGAGAGAGAAGAAAGGGAGCUGAAAGAAGAGAAAGAGAAAAGAGAGAGAGAAGAAAGGGAGCUGAAAGAAAAAGAAGAAAAAGAGAAAACGGAGAGAGAAGAGAGGGAGUUGAAAGAGAAGGAAGAGAAAGAUAGAGAGGAGAGGGAGUUGAAGGAUAGAGAAGAGAGAGAGAAGAAAGAGAGAGAAGAAAGGGAAAAGAGGGAGCAAGAAGAGAGAGAAAUAAAGGAAAGAAUGGAAAAAGAAAGAAUAGCGGAAGCGUUGAAGGAGAAGGUAGAACAAGAAAAGGAGAGGGAAGCUAAAGAAAAUGAGGAGAAGGAAAAGCUAGAAAUGGAACUCAAAGAGAAGAAAGAGCAAGAGAAAAUGAUUGAGAUGGACCACAGUGCUUCAGAUCUGCCUGUGGACAUAGAAGCAAAACAAGAAAGAGAAAAAGCUGUCAUAAAUACAUCUGAAGAAAUUACUGGAAACACGAAGGAGAAGUUUAAUGAAGAUAUGUUGAAGAAGGAAUGUGAAGUUGCAGAUGUGUCAAAAGAAAUACCAGAGACCCAUGCCGCAAUAGAAUCAGUGGUCAUGGUUGAAGAUGACUUUAUCACUGUGGUCCAGACAAUUGAUGAAGCUGAAGAACCAGGACACAGUGUUCGUUUCUCUGCAAUACCUGAAGCCGAAGCUCUUGGUGUUUCUACCCUGAAAGAAGAUGAGCCAGAAGAAGAAGAGCCAGAUGAAGACGAAGAAGAAGAGUCUGUGGAGUUGGCCCAGGAAGCGGAUAUGGAGGUGGCCAGUCUAGAGGAAGUGGGUGAUGUUCCUGAAACCCCUGCUUCUCCAAGAAGGGGGACACAGACCGUAGACACAGAAGGACCAACAGAGAGCUAUGACCGAGAUGAAACCACAGUAGAUGACUCCAUACUGGAUAGCUCCUGGGUAGACACACAAGAUGAUGAUAAGAGUAUGGCCACGGAGCUUAUCGAACCUUUGCCAAAGGUGCCUAGCCCAGUCAAAAAGCCUCCUGUGGCCCAGAACAAACAACGGAUGACAGAGAAACAAGAAAAGCCAGUGAAACACAAGGCUAAAGGAGGGCGAGCAAAAGGACGGAUCUCCACUCCUGAACGCAAACCUGUCCGUAAAGAACCUGUCUAUACACCUCGAGAAGACAUUAAGAAGAAGAAAGCUGUCGUAAAAAAGACUGAGCUCACCAAAAAAGUAGAGUCUCAGACUCUGUCUCCAUCCACGAGGAGUGCCAUGAAGCCAACAGUUCGCCAGACACGUCCCGUCCAACAUCAUUCCUGCCCCCGAAGGAGACCCACAGAAGCCCCAUCAGACAGUCGCCAGCCUCUCAGUGUUGCCAGACAGUCUCGUGACAGAGCAUCUGACGGUCGAUCAUGGAGCCCAGCCAAGACGUCCUCUGUCCCACGAUAUGGCUCCUAUCUGAGUCGCCGUGCGUACCAUGAGCAUGAGGGCAGUUCUACUUCUAUCACUAGCUCUGGCUCCACAGCUCCUCGCAGACCCACAUCAUUUCACACUGAAAUGAGGGCAGAGCAUAGGAUAGGACGAGCCCCUAGUAUGACAGUUGCAGAAUCAGUUCGGUCCCGUUCCGCUCGCAGUGGCCGCUCCACCCCCCGUACCCCGGGCUCCACAGCCAUCACCCCAGGAAGCCCUCCUAGCUACUCAUCAUCAUCGAGGACCCCUGGGACCCCACGCUCCCUCAGUUUGAUUUCCCAGGAGAGGAAGGUGGCCGUUAUCCGCACCCCGCCCAAGUCGCCCGCAACCACUCCCAAGCAAAUCCGCAUCAUCAACCAGCCGUUGCCCGACUUUAAGAACAUCAAAUCCAAGAUCGGAUCCACAGAAAAUAUAAAGUAUCAGCCCAAAGGAGGACAGGUGCUCAUCCCGAGUGUUAAAUUGGACUACACCCAUGUUAAAUCUAGGUGUGGGUCCUUGGACAGGCGGGGCUACUCAGCAGGAGGUGGAAACGUGCAAAUCCAGAACAAGAAGAUUGACUUGAGCCAUGUGACUUCCAAAUGUGGUUCUCUAGACAACAUCCAUCAUCGUCCAGGGGGCGGUAAUGUGCGAAUAGAGAGCGUAAAGCUGGACUUCAAAGACAAAGCGCAAGCCAAGGUGGGUUCACUGGAUUAUGCUCAUCACAUUCCUGGUGGAGGUCACAUUCUGAUCGAGAGCCACAGGUUGAUGUUUCGCGAACAUGCAAAGGCUCGGGUGGACCAGGGAGCAGGCAUCAUCGUCCAGUCGCCUGGUUUGUCUGGCUCGGUGUCCCCCCACCACCUCCAGGAAAGCCAUCUAUCAUCCUCUGGAAGCAUCAACAUGACGGAGUCUCCCCAGUUAUCAACCUUGUCUGAGGACGUCACCGCGGCCCUGGUCAAGCAGGGUUUGUGAACACUGGAUCUCUAGAUUGCCACUCUCUACCCUAGA